AUGAUUCUCUCACUCACUGAGCCGGUGGUUCCUUUAGAGUACACUUUGGAUCUGAAUGUGGAUCACAAACAGCCAAAUUUCAAAGGACAAUUGACAGUUCAAUUAAAACAACGUCAGCCUGGUCAAUCAUUCAAUAAGUUCAAAUUCCAUUGUAAACAAUUGAUUGUCACCAAAGUUCUAUUGAGCGAUAAACCGUUAUCUAUUUCCUAUGAUGCGAAUGAACAAACUGUGUCUUUCUCUUCAGAUGACCCAUUGAACAUUGCAGAUGAUACCGCGGAGUUAAGAAUUAGUUACAUCGGUAAAGUUAAUACCAUCAAGACUCAUCGCGAAUUGACCACUGGGUUGUUCAAGACAAAUUUCAUGAGCGAUACCACUGGAAUCAGCGACUCUUACAUUCUUGCAACUCAUACCCAACCUGUUUUUGCUAGAUCCAUUUUCCCUUGCUUCGAUGAGCCAAACUCAAAAUGUAAGUAUCAGCUUACCUUGACUGCAGAUGACAAGUUCAAAGUAAUCAGUAACACAUCGGUUGAAAAUCGUUCCGUUACAGAUGACCGUAAACAAAUUGUGAAGUUUAGUAAGACUCCUCUCAUGAAUACUUCUUAUUUUGGUUUCUGCAUCGGUGAUUUAGAAUUCUUGAGAACCGAUGUCAAAUUGAAGAAUAAGACCAUUCCAGUACAGUUGUUUGCUCCACAGAGUAUUUCUCAUGCUACUUACAGCUUUGAUACCAUUGUAGAACUCUUGCCUAUAGUUGAGAAAAGGUUAGGCGUUGAUUAUCCUUUGGAGAAAUUGGACGUGGUACUGUUGCCAUUUUUGUCUGAUAUGGCUAUGGAAAAUUGGGGUUUACUUACUUUCCAAAUGAACCACCUGUUGCUAACACCUCAAGCUUUGUCUGACCCUUCGGUGAUUCAACAGGUCAGACAAUUGAUUGUUCAUGAACUUUGUCAUCAAUGGAUGGGUAACUACAUCUCGUUUGACUCCUGGGAUCAUCUUUGGUUUAACGAAGCUUUUGCGACGUGGUUCGCAUGUGACUUGUUGGACGAACACGAUAAUGAUGGAUAUUGGUCUUCAGACGUCUAUCUAACCCAGAUGGAAAAUGUCAUAUCAACUGACGCUGAAGUAACUACCAAGAGUAUCACACAAGGUUCGGUAAUCGACGUGAAAUCCUUGCAAUCAACUUCAGAUGCAUUUGAACCACACAUAUAUCAUAAGGGAAUAUCGUUAUUGAGAUCACUCCAACAAAGUGUUGGGAAAGAAAACUUCAACAGAGCUCUCGCCCAGAUCUUCUCAGAGUCGUCCACAUUCCAUGAAACUUGUAUCAAACCAAUGGAUAUCUUUAGAAGAAUGGGCGAGAUCCUAAAAUCCGAAAACAUUGCAAACUUCUACAGCUCAUGGACUAGGACUCCUGGUAUCCCAAUCAUUUCUGUAAAUACUGAUACUGAAAGGACUACCUUGGAACAGCACCGUUUCCUUUUGGAAAAGACAGAUGUUGAGGACAUUCCUUACCAUAUUCCACUUUUUGCAGUUCAAUCUUCAGGAGAGGAUGAUACUAAGAAUGGAUUAUUUACUGAUAGAACUCUGAAAUUAUCCGAACCCGAACUUAUUGUGAACAGUGGAGCCAGGGGCCUAUACCGUGUUUCUUAUGAGACGGAUAAAUGCUACGAGUUGAUCAAUGAAGCCCUCAAGAACUCUAAAAUUUCCGAUUUGGAUUUAUUCAAAAUAUUCAUUGACCUGAGAUCUCUAAUAGGCAGUGAAUACCAAAAAAAGAUACACAUCGAUGGUGUCUUAAUGAUAUUGAGGUGCCUGGCAUCACAUGUUGAUUUAACGGAAGAACUAUACCGUGGAUUAUCUAUCGGUUUAGAUAUCUUGCAAACCAUAGAAAAUGCUUUAAGAACAUACACCGGUAAAUCUGAGAAAGCUUUCAUUACUGAUAUUUAUGUCCCUCUAUGGGAUAAAUUUUCUUGGAAUGACUUUCACGUUUCCUCAUAUCAGCUAAAAGUUAUGUCAAAGGUGAUGUUUGGUAUCAAACAUUUGGACUCAACCUUGACUGUGGCCAAUCAAUUAAUGAAAAAGAUCUUGUCUGGUCCAAAUAAGUCCAUUCCUUUGGAAUUGUGCGGAAGUGUGUUCGCCACUGUCUCCUGUCAUCAAAAGAAUGUCAAACAGUGGAAAAAAUUAUAUGAGCUAGUUAAGUCUGCAAAGGGUGUUGAAUCUCAUGUUGACGGUGGAUCUUCUAUUGACAUUCAAAAUAUGGCUCUUGAGAAUCUUGCAUUCAACACUAAUGAGGAGCUCAUCAAAAAGACUUUGAACUUUAUUUUAACUAAUAUCACUUCAACCAGUGUUGAAAAUGCAUUAUUCGGAUUGAACUAUAACUUCCGCGAGCCAUUGGAUGGCAAGAAGAAUAAAUUAGUCCGUGAUGUAUGCUGGGAGUGGUUCGAGUUAAAUUAUGACCUAUGGGGUCGUAAGUCUCUGAGAGAGGGCGCGGAAUCCUCUGAAAGAAUGAAAAAGACCCUGGUGCACAUCAGUUAUGUGAUCUUCCAAAUGUGGAUGGAUAACCCCGAAAAGGUCGAUGAGUUUGUGACAAAGAAAAACGCUACGUAUGGUCAAACGCUUGGUACAGCUCAAAUCUGGACCGCUGUUAAAGCGAGUGAAAGCUCCAAAAUGAAUAUCUAUAAAGGUAUUUUAGGCUUCUAA